AUGGAGGAUCGAGUAUUUGAUAGAAUCGCCCAGAGAUUGGCCACGAGUGUAAGAUCAAUUCAAACCGAUCCAGACAAGAAAUUCGAUGUCGAGAGACUGAAAGCUUUAAGUGCCACGAUGCUCGAUGGAGCCAUAGAUCCAGUAGAUGCUAAGGUCUGGUUGGACUUGAUUGAGAAAUGUUUUAAUGUUAUAAGAUGCCCUAAAGACCAUAAGGUCAGGUUAUCGACAUUCUUGCUGCAGAAAGGGGCUGAAAAAUGGUGGAAAGUGAUAUUGGCCAAGAGAAGCAGUUCUGAAGCUAUGACUUGGCCUGAGUUUAGACAAGUAUUUGCGGAUAAAUACUACCCUAGUGCUUUUAAAAAAGCAAAAAGGGAGGAGUUUCUUAGGCUGACUCAGGGAUCGAUGACGGUUGUUGAGUACGAGCAAAGAUUUACAGAGUUAUCUCAGAAUUGUGAAGUACUUCUUGGGAAUCAGAGUUCAUGGGUUGACUUGAUUCAACUAGAGUUACUAGUGUUUGAUGUUAUCUUAGGUAAAACAAAUGUGGUGGCUGAUGCUCUUAGUAGAAAGACCAGAUCAGCCAGAGCUAUUAUCUUUACAGUAAGAGAUGAUAUUCUACGUGAACAGCUAGGAGAUUCUGAUCUUCAGAAGUUAGCUGAAGAAGCACAUAGUUUGGCUAAUGUUAUGCAUCCAGGCAGUACGAAGGUGUACAAAACAUUAAAGAAGUCGUACUUGUGGCCUGGUAUGAAAAGAGAAAUAGCAGAGUAUGUUGACAGAUGUUUAGUAUGUCAACAAGUUAAGCCUGAACGACAGAGGCCAACAGGAUUGCUUAAUCCACUCCUAACAGCUAAGUUUUUACCUAUUAAAGUUACUUCUACCCUAGACCAGUUAGCUAAGUUGUAUAAUGACAGAAUUGUGAGUCAGUUUGGGGCUCUAGUUUCGAUUGUAUCAGACCGAGAUUCCAGGUUUACAUCGAAGUUUUGGCCUAGCUUGCAGAAAGUUAUGGGUACCAAGCUAUAUUUCAGUACAGCUUUUCAUCCACAAACGGAUGUUACCAUUCAAGUAUUGGAAUGGCACCGUAUGAGGCUUUAUAUGGAAGACCAUGUAGAACUUCGUGUUAAGAAUAUAAAAGAAAAUCUUAAAACAGCUGGAGACAGACAAAAGAGUUAUGCUGAUAAGCGGAGAAGGGAAUUGGAAUUUGAAGUUGGCGAUAAAGUAUUUCUUAAGUUGUCUCCGUGGAAAGGAAUACUCAGGUUUCGUAGGAAAGGGAAGUUGAGCCCGAGAUACAUUCGACCUUACGAGAUAAUAGAGAGGGUUGACCCAAUGGCUUAUAGGUUGGAAUUACCUCUAGAAUUAUCUCGUAUCCAUGAUGUGUUUCAUGUGUCAAUGCUAAGAAAGUAUGUGCUAGAUCCUACCCAUGUGUUACCUGAGCAACCAGUGCAGUUGAAAGAGAAUUUGUCCUACGAAGAGGAACCAGUGAAGAUUCUUGACAGAAAAGAGCAAGUCUUAAGGAAUAAGACAAUAUCAUUGGUAAAGGUACUAUGGCAAAACCAUAGCACUGAAGAAGUUACAUGGGAAGCUGAAGAGCAAAUGAAAAACAAGUAUUUGCAGUUGUUUAAUUGA